CGGGAUUCUUCUCAUCUCUUGGAUUUCUUCCCCCCAAUUUUACACCUAUCUCUCUCUCUCCACGAAAACCUCGUGAAGGGAACAUUCCGGCAUCAUGGCUGGAGGUCAGAAGAAGUCCACGAAGAAGUUCGAGAAAAAGCAUCUGAAGGAUGUUCUCGAGCGUCGAAAGGCCACCGCCAAGAUCAAGCAGCGCAACCACCUGAAGGAGAAGCGUAAGGCCGACAAUGCGAAGCAGCGGGCGGAGCGGGAGGACGAUGCGGAGGAGGACACCGACCAGGUCCAGAAGCAGAAGGACUUCGCGGAAAUGAACGUCGACGAUUUCUUCGCGGGCGGCUUCGACAUCCCCGAUUCGGCGGCCGAGUUGAGCAAGAAGGGUCGCAAGAAGGCCGUCACCCCCAAGAUCGGCAAGCGCAAGCGCUCCGACGAGCAGAAGGAGGAGGAGGAGGAGGCCGCCGCGGCUUCCAGCGGUGCCGAGGAAGAUGGCAGCGAUGACGAGGGCAGCGGCCCGGACGACUUCGAGGCGCACAAGGGUCAGCUCGAGGCAUUGAAGGAGAAGGAUCCGGAAUUCUACAAGUACCUGAAGGAGAACGAUGCCGAGCUGCUCGACUUCGGUGACCAUGGUGACCUCGCCGAGGUCGACCAGCUGAGCGAAGAGGAAGAGGAGGAAGAAGGUCCUGCGAAGAAAAAGAAGAAGGGCUCCAAGGCCAAGGCGGAGGCGGAAGAAGAGGAGGAGGAGACGCAAGACAACACAUUGACCCUCGAGAUGGUGCAGAAGUGGCAGAAGUUGAUGGAGGAGCAGCACUCGAUCCGGGCGAUGCGCCAGGCGGUGCUGGCCUUCCGCGCGGCGGCCUACGUCAGCGAGGGCACCGAAGAGCACAAGUACCAGAUCUCCGACUCGAACGUCUAUCACCAGGUGCUCGUCACGGCGCUCAACAACAUCCCGCGGGUUCUCUCGCAUCACCUGCCUGUCAAGGAGAGCGCCUCGGGCAAAGUGCGGAUGUCGAUGGACUCGAAGAAGUUCAAGACGCUCACGCCGCUCAUCAAGUCACACACCUCGUCGGUGCACCAGCUGCUGACCAACCUGUCGGACGAACAGACCCUGAAGCUCACCCUCUCCUCGAUCGAACCCAUGCUCCCGUACCUCCUCCAAUUCCGCAAGCUCCUGAAAGUCCUCAUCAAGACGAUCGUCGGCAUCUGGGCCGACGUGUCCACGACCGAGGCCACGCGGAUCACGGCCUUCCUGAUCCUGCGCCGGCUGAUGGUCAUCGGUGACGCCGGACUCAAGGAGGCCGUGCUCAAGGCCUCGUACGAGGGCGUGGUCAAGGGCAGCCGCAACACGACCGUGCACACGCUGGCCGGCGUGAACCUGAUGAAGAACUCGGCCGCCGAACUCUGGGGAAUCGACCAGAACGUCUCCUACACCACGGGCUUCAGCUUCGUCCGCCAACUCGCCAUGCACCUGCGCAGCAGCAUCACCAACACCUCCAAGGAGUCCUACAAGACGGUCUACAACUGGCAAUACGUGCACUCGCUCGACUUCUGGUCGCGCGUGCUCGCGCAGCACUGCGACGCCCUGGUCGAAGCGCAAGCCGGCAAGCCCUCCGCGCUGCGCCCGCUCAUCUACCCCGUCGUCCAGAUCACCCUCGGCGCGAUGCGCCUGAUCCCGACGGCGCAGUACUUCCCCCUGCGCUUCCAGCUCACCCGCGCCCUGCUGCGCCUCUCCCGCACCACCGGCACCUACAUCCCCCUGGCCUCCGCGCUGCUGGAGGUCCUCAACCUCGCCGAGAUGCGCAAGCCCCCGAAGACGAGCACCCUGCGCCAGCUCGAUUUCAGCACGGCGAUCCGGGCGCCCAAAUCCUACCUGCGCACGCGCGUGUACCAGGACGGUGUCGGCGAGCAGGUCGCCGAGCUCCUCUCCGAGUUCUUUGUGCUGUGGGCCAAGCACAUCGCGUUCCCGGAGCUGAGCGUCCCCGUCGUCGUCGCCCUCAAGCGCUGGCUCAAGCAAGUCAGCGCCCGCUCCGGUGGCAACAAGAACACCAAGAUCAACCAGAUGAUCCUGCUGCUCGUGCAAAAGGUCGAAGCCAACGCCCGCUGGAUCGAGGAGAAGCGUCUCGCCGUCACCUACACCCCCCGCAACCGCGCCGAGGUCGAGUCCUUCCUCAAGGACGUCGACUGGGAGAGUUCCCCGCUCGGCGCCUUUGUCAAGUCUCAGCGGAAGCUCCGGGAGGAGAAGGCCGCGCUGUUGGAGCAGGGUCGGUUGGAGGAGGAGAAGCGGCGCGCGGAGGAGAAGGCUGAGGCGGCGAGGGAUGUGAUUAUGGAUGAUGUCAUUAGUGAGAAUGAUGAGAGUAGUGAGGAUGAGGACGAUGAGGAGGGUGAGGAGGAGGUUGAUGGUGUGGAUGCUUCUUCUGAUGAGGAGGGUAGUGAAGAAGAGGAGGAAGAGGAGGAGGAAGAAGAGGAAGAGGAAGACGAGGAUGAGUUGGAGUUCGAAGAAGAGGAGGAUUAGACUCGCCUCAAGCUUUCUAAUGUUGUUUCUUUUUAUACCUUAUACUCUAUGUAGCUAUCGGGAAACCCACUGCGUCCAAGUUUGUUUUUUUUUAUGUCAAUAUGAAAAGUUCAAGAUCCAUC